AUGUCUGAACGAAAGGUCCUCACCAAAUACUACCCGCCCGACUUCGAUCCUUCCAAGAUCGAACGGCGGCGAGGUCCAAAGCAAACCGGACCGAAAGUCCAGGUGGUCCGGUUGAUGGCCCCCUUCGGCAUGAAAUGUACCAGUUGCGGCGAAUACAUCUACAAAGGCCGCAAGUUUAACGCGCGCAAGGAAACCACCGAGGAAAAGUACUACAACAUCACCAUCUACCGCUUCUACAUCCGCUGUACGAGGUGUUCGGCCGAGAUUACGUUCAAGACCGACCCGAAGAACAUGGACUACACCUGUGAGCGAGGCGCGAAGCGCAAUUUCGAGGUGUGGCGCGCGGCGAAGCUGGCGGAAGAGACGGAAGAGGAGACGCUCGAUCGGUUGGAGCGGGAGGAGAAUGAGCGGGAUGCGAUGAAGGAGCUGGAGCAGAAGACGUUGGACGCCAAGACUGAGAUGGCUAUUGCAGAUGCGCUGGACGAGGUGCGGACGCGGAACGCGCAGCGCGAGAGGGCGGAUGUGGACAUACUGGAUCGAGGAAUUGAGAUCGACAUGGAAGCGGAGGAAGAAGCAAAAGUGGAGAAGGAGCUGGAAGAGGAAGCGAGACGGGCAUUCCAGAGUGGGACUGGCGAAAAGGUCAAGAGGUUGGGGGUGGAGGAUGGAGAGGGUGGAGACGAAGACAAGCUUGCCAUGCCACCCCCUCCCGUACCUGCGCCAACAUUUCAGAGGCAAGUCAAGAAGAAGAAAGACUUUUCGGCAGCCUUGGGGAUAAAGAAGAAGCCAGCACUGGUGUGA